AUGGUUAACAAGGCAGCGAACAAGGUUCUUAUAAGGAAGUUCAAUGAAGACACUGAUAUUGAGGUGGUGGGGAAGCUAGAGAGGAGCUGUGAGCUAGAGUCUAAAAGGGGGGUCUCCAUAUUCACUAACAUGAUGUGUGACCCUCUAUGUAGGAUUAGGUUCUACCCCGUUCAUAUCAUGCUGGUAGCACAGCUGCUUGAAAAUGAGGAGCUUGUCGGAGUAGUUAGAGGAUGCAUCAAGCAUGUGGGGACUGGCUUUGGGGGACAUGUGAUGGGUUGCAUACUAGGCCUUCGAGUCUCUCCCACACACCGGCGGAUGGGAAUCGGAUUCCAAUUGAUGAACUCAGUGGAGGAGUGGCUGCUGAGAAAUGGAGCACAAUACACAUUCCUGGCCACAGAGAGGAACAAUACCGCCUCCACAAAUCUCUUCACCGCCAAAUGCAGUUACAUGAACAUCAGCUCACUAAUCAUAUACGUGCAAUCAACUUGUUCCUCUGCAAAACAUCUGCUGCACCAAACUAUUAAAAUAGAGAAGUUGCAUGUAGACCAGGCAAUUUCCCUGUAUGAGAACAGGCUAAGAGGCAAAGACAUAUUUCCAACAGACAUGGAUGUGAUCUUAAAGGAAAAGUUCAGCCUAGGCACUUGGGUGUGUUAUUUCAAAGGACAGGGUUGGAUCAACUUGGAUAGUGAGGAAUACAACCAUGGAACUAUCACCAAAACUCAAAGCUCCUGGGUCAUCUUCAGCAUAUGGAAUACCUGUGAAGCUUACAAGCUUCGUAUACGAGAGUCACAUCCUCUGAGUUAUUUUCAUGCUACCUUGAGCCAUGCAAGAGAGAAAAUCUUCUCCUGGUUGAAUAUACCUCAGAGUAACGUCUCAUUGCAAAGCUCUCUUGGGUUUCUCUUUCUCUAUGGGAUGCAUGGGGAGGGAGAGCAGUUUGGUGAGCUCAUGAAAUCUGCUUGGAACUUCGCAUUAGGAUUGGGGCAGAAUAUGAAGCACUGCGAGUUGAUUAUAACUGAGAUGGGACUAUGUGAUCCUCUCUUAAGGCAUGUCCCAGACAAUCCAAACAUUUCACGCAUCCAUGAUCUCUGGUAUGCGAAAAGUUUGAGCAGCCGCAACACUGAUGACGAAGAUGAUCUGCUAAUGAAGGGACCUCUGGGAAAUGUGUUUGUUGAUCCAAGGGAAUUCUAG